AUGGGAUCAGCAGAUGAGGGAGGGGAGUUUGGCCUUCAAGAGCUGCUGGAAAUAGAAGGCAUGGAGGAUGAGUUGCUGAUGCAUGAGAUGUGGACACAUUACAACAGUGAUGAUGACACAGAGGAUGAUGAUGAUGAUGAUGGAGGUACAGCAGCAACAGAUGGCAUUCAAGCAGACCAACCAAAUCAGCAGGGUAACCCACAACAACAAAACACAGAAAUAGAAAACAAUUCCAGAUAUGAGAAGGUUUUAUUGCUUCCUGCUGAAGAUGACCCUUAUAGUUGCUGUCAGUCCAAGAGGUUUAAGAUAAAAGCCAUGUUCAUGUGUGCCACAUCUAGACCUAUUAAGGACAGUGAGGGAAGGAUGAUACAUGAUGGAAAAUUUGGUAUCUACCCUUUUGUUGAGUAUGCAAGAGCUAAGUAUUCAACAAAAAACAGAAGGGCAGGUACUAUGUUGACAAAGGCAAUUGAAAGUGUUACACUACCAGUUAUGAGGGAUAUGAUAGUUAACACUAUCAUACCUGCCAUAAUGAGGAAUUGGCCAGAAGGUGUGUCCAAAGAAAUCUACAUACAACAAGACAAUGCUAGACCUCACAUUCAUGCAUCAGACCCACAAUUUAUAGCAGCAGCAACUCAGAAUGGAUUCAAUAUCCAACUCAUCAAUCAGCCAGCUCAGUCCCCUGACUUAAAUGUGCUAGACUUGGGGUUUUUUAGAGCAAUUCAGGCACUACAAUAUCAAUCAUUUCCUAAGAACCUAGAUGAACUGAUUUUAAGAGUGCAGGACUGUUAUGAUUUCUUUGACCCAGAAGUUUUGAAGUACACUUGGUUGCAAUUACAAUAUGUUAUGGUAGAAAUACUAAAGUGCAAAGGGGGGAACAAUUUCAAGAAUCCACACCAUGCAAAAGAAAGUUAG